AUGGCUUUGAUGAAGGGCAAAUCCUUCUUCACUUCUUUGCUGAUUCUUGUGGCACUUCUUGGUGUUGCCGUCGGAGGAACCGUUCACAAAGUCGGCGACGCAAACGGAUGGACCAUGAUGGGGGUUGGUUACGAGGCUUGGGCUUCUUCAAGAACUUUUCAAGUCGGAGACUCUUUGGUUUUCGAAUACAACAACGAGUUCCACGACGUUACUCAAGUCACUCCCCAUGAUUUCGAGCUGUGCGAUCCGUCUAAACCGCUAGCAAGAUACCAAACCGGCUCUGACACGGUGACUCUAACCAAACCGGGAUUCCAACACUUUAUAUGCGGAGUUCCUGGUCACUGCGACAUAGGACAAAAGCUUGACAUCCUCGUCUUCCCGGCCUCGUUGGGUCCCGUGGCUGCUCCGGUUCCUGGACCGGUCAGUAUCAGAUGUCACCAUCACCUCUUUGAAGCGGUGACUCGAAGUCUUCAGCUUCUUCUUAGCAUUCUUGUUUGGUCUAUUAGUAUUAAGAACUUGUUUUCUUAG